UUAGAAUGGCAGAAAGAGAUGAUAGCAUCAUACUGUAAGACUUUGCUAAAAGUACCAGCAAUGCCUUUACUACCACGAGGUCAGAAAUGUAACUUCAGUGAGAUUUAUGUUAGGCCCACUAUAACAAGAGAAAUAAAAGGAGAGAAAGGGGAGACAAAGGAGAUUGAGGUCAAGUCAAUGUCAGAAAUCUUCAUAAAGAAUGGUGUGCCUUUGAAACAUAUUUAUGUUCUUGGAGAUGCAGGGUCUGGUAAGAGUAGUUUCUGUAAAUAUUUGGUCAACUGUUGGUGUAUUGCACACAGUGAUGCACAAAAUGUAAAUGAUAAGUUUGAAGGAGUCAAGGAAAUGAAGAAAUUCGAUAUCAUGUUUUAUAUCUCCCUAAGACAUAAUCAAGACAUAGACAGUGUCCUGGAUAUGAUUAAAAAUCAGUAUGAUAUUGAUAUUUCAAGCCCAGUUCUCAAAAAGGAAUCUGCAAAGAUUAUAAUAUUGCUUGAUGGCUUAGAUGAAUGGUCUUCUGAAAGAAAGUCCUACAAUCAGUUCCAGACAAUGGGUCUCCCAAAACAAGAUGUUAAUAAAGACUACACAAUCGUAACUACAUCACGGCCAUGGAAAGUUCACACCUUAGGAAUAAGUGAGACAGAAAUUGAACAAAUACUGAAUCUGAAAGGGUUUGAUUUGAGAUGUGAGAGUGAAAUGGUAAAUAGAACAGUCUCACAAUUAAAUUCAAGCAGGCAUGCUAGUAAAGAUGCCUGGGUUUGUUUACAAAAGCUAGAAGAAAAGUCCCUGAAAAGUUUAAAACAGCUACCAAUUAUGCUGCAGCAACUGAUUUGUCUAUGGUUUGAUGGUAAACUUGAUAAAACCUCAAGAUGUGCCAUCUACACCGGCAUGUUAGAACUUUUCUUUACAUGGAAUGACAUGAAAACUACAGGAACAUGUACUCGACUUAUGGAGGGUGCUCAGAAAGUAGAUCUUCCUAAAACCUUAGCUGAUAAAAAGAUAUUAAAAUUAAACAGCCAUCUCAUUUAUCAUGUGUCAAAGUUGGCUUAUGAGACACUAUUUAAUUGUCCGAAGGAUAAAUCCUUGACAUUUGACAUUUGUAUGUUUGAUGAACUAGAUAUAUCAGAUGAAGUAAGAGAAAAUUGCUUGAAAAUUGGAAUAAUUACAGAAGAUGAAUGUCCAAGUUUAUCUGUAUCAGAACCACCAAGCUCAUUGUUCUCUUUUAUUCACAAAUCAAUGCAAGAAUUUCUGGCUGCAUUGUAUAUUGGCAUCAAUUUCAAUGCAAAAAUUGGUUUGUCAGAUAGUACAGGAAAUGUUGAAUUAGUCAAAAAGUUUAUUGAUGAGGUUUUUCAGAAAUGUUCAACAGUAAAUGACAUAUUAGAGCAGUCAAAUGUUAUCAUUAUGCUAUGUGGUCUAGAACUAAGAUUAGCAACACAUGUUUCAAAAUACAUAUAUGAUACUGUGUCAGAAGACUCUCGUGUUCAGGAAUACAGGAGAACAGUAAAUAGUGACCUUUUUAAUGUAAUUAGUAGGGAUCAGCGUUGUAUUACUGAUAUUCAAAAGCUUAUGUUUGAGUCAAUGGAAGAAUUAAAUGCAGCAUGUAGUAUAGGAAGUAAUCCUGUAUUUUAUAUAGGAGAUUUGGUCAUUACUGAAUGGAAUCAGUAUUGUGAUAUUGUUUGUUCAAGUAUUGACCAGCAUCAAAUUGUUCCUGACUCUGUUCUGUCUAUUAAGGUAGAUGACAUCACCACAAAAAAUGUUAAAUUUACAAAAUAUUUACCAAUGUUUCAUCAUCUUGAAAAAAUUGCAAUAUCAAUUAUCAAUGAGAGUCAGAGUGAUGAACAGAUGAUUGAUGAGAUUAAAAAUUGUGUUUCUGGGACACUUAAAGUAAAUACUUCAACAUUAAAAUCUCUGACUCUUAGUUGUAACUUUAACAUUAACACUGACAAGUAUUAUCCAGUGUAUAAUACAGUUUUUAGUUACCUACCUAGUAUGAUCAAUCUUGUAGCAAUAAGAAUGAGUAUUAUAAGAAUGAGUCAUGAUGAUACUACUACAUUUUGUAUUUUUUUUGAGAGAACCAGUCAUCUUGAACAAAUACAUCUUUUUGAUGUUACAUGUAAGUGUAUGAAGCAGCAUGAUGUAAAUUUAUCAAAACAUCAACAACUUCGGUACCUUAAUUUGUAUAAUACUGUUAGAGUGAUAGAUGCUGAUACUACAAACCUUGAAAUAUUUACAUUUUGUAAUUUGAAGGCUAGUAAUUAUGAAAAAAUAUUUGCUAUUAUUAGAAAAUCUGACAAAUUGAAAAAACUUGAAUUGUAUGGAGAAUAUGGCAAUAAAUCUCAAUUAUAUUAUACCAACAUAACAAAGAGACUAGUCACAGUAUUACCAUUGUUACACAAUCUCAGUAAGCUUGAGUUAUGGUAUUGUAGGUUAACUGACAAUAUAAUACAGUUACCUUUUGAGAUGAAGAGUUUAAAGAACUUUAAGCUUAAUGAAGUCACAAUGAGUUUGACAACAUGGCAGAAGUUUGUUGAUAGUCUUCCUCACAUUCCUCAUACUGUAGAUGUGAGUGUAAGGAUCUGUUAUAUAACAGGAGAUGGUGAGGAGUUUAUAGGUUAUAGGUUUACAGUGAUAUAUGGAGGAGGACUUAGAGGAGAGAAGGGAAACGAUGCUAAACAGUAUGUAAAAGAUAAGGAUCAGUUAUAUCAUGUUAAACGUGAUGCUCACUGGUUUGAAUUUUCAACAAAAAAGUGAUAAAGUAUACAGGUAGUAUUUAAACUACAUUAUUGCAUGUUAAAAGAGAUGAUGUUUUUUUUUUCAUUUUUGACAAAAAAGAAAUGAUCUGAUUUUUUAACAUAGUGAGAUAGAAUACAUGCAGUAAACAUAGUGCUUAAUCUAAAUUAUUUUAUGAUAAAAGACAUAAUUAUUAAAAUAAACAUUAUCAGCAAAAAAAAUGAUACUAAAGUUACAUAUUGAUCUGUUAAAUAAUGAAUGUAAUACAGUAUGAUAAAUAACAAUCAUCAAAAACAGUUCAUUAAAUAUCAAUUUCUGAUCAUUGUAGUAAUAUUGAAAUUGAUGAAAGUAAUAUUCAAAUGUGUAUUUAAAUAAAUAAUUGAAAGAUAUGCAGUGAAAUAUAAAGAAAAUAUAGAUAACUGUUUUUUUUAAAAGAUCAAAGAUAGUUUGUGAAAAGAAAUAUGAUUUGAAAAAAGUAAUGUUCUAAUUAUCAAUGCAUAAAUAGAUUUGAAAAUAAACAAGUAAAUAAAUUAAUGAAUAAGUAAAUUUAAUGGAAAUAUCAUUAAACAGAUGUUUAAUGUAAUUUACAUGGUCAGAAAAGUUAGAAGAAGUAAAAGAUAAGAUGCAAAGACCAGUCAUAUAAAUAUGUAUGGCAAUAAAUAAAUAUCUGUCAUAUGAUAUAUUGGACAAUGUAAUGAUAUAAACAAAUACUAGUUGCACGAUAUAUAGGACAAGUGGUGAAUGAUAUAUAUUGAUAACAGUUAUAUGGUGUAUAGGAUAAUGGAAUGGUAUAAAUAAAUACCAGUUAUAUAAUAAAUCGGACAAUGAAAUGGUUUAAAUAAAUACCAAAUAUAUAGGACAAGGGAAUGGGAAAAAAUUAUAUGGUAUGUACAAAUGUAGGAUAAGGGAAUGGUAUAUGUAAAUAUUGGUUAUAUGAUAAAUUUGUCAAGAGAAUGGUAUAUAUCCAUAAAAGUAAUAUGAUAUAUAGGAAAAGUGAAUGGUAUGUAUUAAUAC